UAAGAUCGCUUCAGAUCUUUGAUUUUUUGCAGUGAAGUCUGGCCUGGUCGAGAGUUCUUCACUUCUUUAGCUUCUGGGGAAUAAACCCCGGGUAAAUAUAGUCGGGGGUUGUACUCGCACCAUCCGAUCGGGUGAAUUUACCGGGCAGUGUUGCCGAAAGCGGCGAAAGUGAAUGUCUGCCGUGGUAUUUUGGCUUUCACCUGCGAAUUUUGGUGUUAAAUAUUGUUUGCACAGCUUAUGACAAAUCUCUGUUCACAUACGGAGUCUGUCAAAUCCAUCUAGAAGCAAUAUUUUAUCGAAAGAGUAUCAAGACAGCAGGCAGCCGUCAAGCUAAGCUGGACAUACUGCGGAAGUGAGACGGGCUUUCGGGAAGAAAGUGAACUAAUAAAAUCACUCCAAAAUGAGUGAGGUGUCAACAGUAAAGUCGCGAGCAUCUGUUAUGCUGUAUAAUAAUGAAAAGAAGGCUUGGGAACCAGCAGAAGGCAUCCGAGGAAUGUCCUAUGUCCAAGUUUAUCACCAUGAGGGGAAUAAUACAUUUAGGAUAGUUGGGCGAUGUAUGACAGAUCACCAAGUAGUUGUAAUAAACAGUGCAAUCAUUCGCAACAUGAAGUAUAAUGCAGCAACACCAACGUUUCAUCAAUGGCGGGAUCAGAGACAAGUGUACGGUCUAAAUUUUCACAGCAAAGAUGAUGCAGCACAAUUUAAAGAUGCUAUUGAUGAUGCUUUAGAUGCAUUAAAUUCAGCUGGCCAACCUCAAAGAACGAGUCACACGCAACAGUAUGUCUCUCAAACUACUCCUAAAAACUGGCAAAAUCGUUACCCAUCACAGAAUGAUAAUCACGUUGCAGAGGAACCAUCACGUUCGCACGAAGCUGAGAAACCGAAAACUGUGAGUUCUUCUGUAUCGAUAACUCCAGUAGCUCCAGUUGCACCUACACCUCCAGCUGCCCCCCCUGGUCCACCUCAACCACCCCCAGCUCCACCUGCACCCUCGCCACCAGCCGCUCCCCCGGGACCGUCGGUCCCAGCCGCACCUCCUGGGCCGCCUAUGGGCGGGGGUGGUGUGCCUGCACCGCCGCCUCCACCUCCUGCCCCACCUGCUGGUGGUGGAGGCGGUUCUGGAGGUGGCUCCCUCGCCUCGCAGAUUGCGGCUGCUAAACUAAAGAAAGCCUCGUCUGAACCUAAAGUUGAGCCAAAGUCGAGCAGUAGUGGAUCUUUUGGUGGCGAUAUGAUGGCAGAGAUGCAGAGAAAACUUGCUGCCAGGAAAGCGAAGGAUGGUGCAGAGGAACAAACUCCGGUUAGAAAUCAAGUUCCAGAAGUGAGGUCUGAGCCCAGAACUGAAAGAAUUCCAUCAGCAAAUAAACUGCCAAAAAGCAACGUCCCUGCUCCACCAACAUCAAACCACUCUCCAGUGAAGUCCUCGGCAUCAAAACAAGAUAGCAAAGUGGACGGAGUGGGUUCGUCGCAAUUACAGGAGUUGAAAAUGGAAAUCUUAGCGGAAUUCAGAAAGGAUUUGGAUGCAGCAAAAGCCGAUAUAAUUCAAGCAAUGCGCCAGGAGUUCUCGAGAACAAGAUAAAUUUAUUUCUCUUUGUAAUGUAUUAUAUAAUUUUAAUCCAAUUUGAAUUUUACCAAUAUCAACAUCUUUAACGAUCGUAAAAAAAAGUGUAGAAAAAUUCUUCAUCGAGAGACCUCAUUUUUAUAUACGUCUUUGAGAACUUAUCCCUAACCCAUAGAAUAUACAUUUAUCUAAAUUUCUUUUCAUUUCCUCGCUUCAAAUUAGUGUGAUUUGUUCUGGUAGUUGCAUGCUCCGUUAUUUUUGCAGGGCGAAAAUAAGAAAGAGUAUAUUGUUAAACCAUAUACAAAGAAAUACACUGCAAAUAUUGAAAUAGUAGGAAAUUCUACCAAUCAUAAAUACAGGUAUAUUUAUACCCGAACCUGUUCCCUCUGUCCCAUGCAAUUGAAUCGUACUAAACUAAUAGAGAAUAUAGACUCUGGUAGUGAUCCUAUUGCAUUUACUUUAAGCUAAUCUGAAUUUUUCAUAGUUUUUGCGAGUUAUUUUAAGACGUUUUAUGUUGGACUUUUAUUAUCAAUCCGUCUGUUGACGUAUAUAACUCAUAGAACGUUCUUAAAGGGAUUAUUUUUAGUACACGUCUGCAUGCUAUAAUAACCUUGAUAAAUGUAUUAAAUGUUUACUGUAUUCUUGAAAAAUAACAUCUGUAAAAAGUGUUAAAAACACAAGUAUAGUUUUAUUAACUCUUA